AGCAUGGAGUGUACACGGAUCUAUUGGAAAUGCUUGAAAUCAAAGAGAAAGGUGAAGCAACAACUGAAAGUGAACCUGUUCCUUCUGAGGAGGAAGUUGUAGCUAGACGUCAACAUCUUAAUGCUGCCAAACCAUUUCAUCUGCUACUGUCCCUCCCUUCAGAUGAAUAAAAAGAUACAUCAGAGUGAUUUGAAACAAGUUUAUGAGCUAUUGCUUCCUGCUAGGACCAUCUGGUUCAGCUUAGGAAUUGCUCUCGGACUAAGCUCAAGCACACUGGCUGGCAUUAAGGAAAACAAUGUAUUUAAACCUGAUAAGUGCCUCAUGAAGAUGCUUGAGAUCAUCCUUGAUACUAACACCAGUCUCACUUGGUCUGGUUUGUGUGAAGCCGUUAGGACACCAUCAGUGGAUCAUAAUGAUGUGGCAGAAAGUAUUGAAGCAAUGAUUCGUACAAAACAAAAAAGUCCAAUCCUUCGUAACGAUGGAAAUUCUGAGGAAGGACUGAAAAUCCCUCCAGCUCAGCUUCCAGAACCAGAGUCCUCCCCAGAAUACAACACGAUGUUGACUAUCUCGGAGAAGUUGCUGGCAGAAUGUCGCAGUGAGACAGCUGACAUUGAAGUGGUGAGAGGCUACCUGGAGCAAGAAAACUGUGACGUCAAUAUCAGGGAUAAUCAUUGGUUCCAUGGCCAGUGGAGUCCAUUGAUGUGGGCUCUUGAGAACAAACACUUUGGUAUUGCUAAACUGCUCCUGCAAUACAAGCCUCAAGUUCGUAUUCAGGACACGGUAGGGUGGUCUCCGUUGGUGAUGGCCAGUAGAGCAGGAGACCUGGAGAUAGUGCAGGGAAUAGUGGCACUGGGAGCAGAGAUUAACCUGCCCCAAAAUAAAAAAUGGACUCCUCUGAUGUGGGCUGCUCUAGAGGGUCAUGCAGAGGUGGCUAGAUUUCUACUGGAGAAGGGAGCAUUUGUGGAUUUCCCUAAUGAGUAUGGGUACACUCCAAUCAUGCAAGCCAGUCAGGAAGGUCAUGUGGAUGUGGUGAAUAUCUUACUAAAGUAUGGUGCAAAGGCUAAUCAUAAAAGCAAUCAUGGGAUGACUGCUCUAUCUUUGGCUACCAGAGACAACCACCCCGAUGUAGUGAAGGUUCUUGAAAGUCCCAUGGUCCGUGACGAGCGAGUACAAGCUGAUAUUGCAAACACCAAUGUUGAUGAAAGCCAUUCCAACGACAGUGGUGAUGAAGACUCAGAACAAGACAAAUAUCUUCAAAGAUUCAACGAGCUUAUGGAAGACACAGAACAAAUUGAUAUGCAAUAUUUGAAACUGUACCUCAUUGGUCUCCCGGGUGUUGGCAAAACUACUUUUCGAAAGCGUUUAACUAAAUCCCUUGUCAACAUAUCAUCUUUACCUCUGGAGGACAGACAAAAUUAUAGCACUCAUUUAGCAGAAUGCAUACAAACACUUUGCAUACUUCAAGACGAAGAACAUUUUGAUGUAGAAAUUUCUAAAAGCCUGGAUGAUGAAAUGAAAGCAAUUUUCAAAUACUUGCUGGGAAAUACAGAAAUGAAGGAACCUGCUCCCACUGACUCUGACUCCACUCAGGCAAUUCACUCUGAAGGUCCUCUUGAUUCAAAUACCAGUCAGGAAUAUGAAGGAUCAUCAACUCUGCUCGAUUCCAGUCCAGUUGGUGAAUCUAACAAAACAACAGAACCAACUGAAAAAGACGAAACUAAAUCAAAUCUUACCAGUGUGUUGGCAGAGAUCAGAGGAGUUGUUGCUUCUGGAAACUAUGCAGACUUUAUUUUAAGACACAAGAUUCUGCUCAAUAUUAUUGAUAUCGGUGGACAGCCUGGAUUUUUGGAGAUGCUUCCCUUCAUAUGUGGUGGUCCUGGAAUAUUUUUUGUUUUUUUCCCUUUAGACAAAGAAUUUGAUGAACGAUACCAAAUAUGCUAUCAGCGUGAUGAGGAUAGAAUAACACCAUACGAAGCAAACUAUUCGAUUCGAGAGACUAUUGCCCAAAUAUUGUCUGGAAUUAGCUACCACACAUCUGAAAUAUUGCCCAUAAACGACAAGUACAAACAAUUUACAAGUGUUAAACCAACUAUCACACUCAUUGGUACUUUUAAAGAUGAGCUUGAGCGUCAAAUGGAAAAAGAGAUCAAAGACACCAUGCAACAGCAAGUAAGCUGUUCUGAGGUGGUACAGCAACAAACCACAGUUUCUGAGCAAGUGGCAACAAAAACAAGACAAAGAUUAGAAGAGCUGCACAAAUCGGUGAAGGAAACUACUUCAAAAUCAUAUUUUAGUGAUUUCGUAGUCCCAGCAAAUGCACGUGAAAAUAAAAUAUUCUUUGAAGUUGACAACUAUGAAGGGAGUGAUAAGGAUCUUGAACCAAUUAGAGCUCAUAUUCGCAGCUGUCUUCGAGACAAUAAGGGAUCCAUGAAAGUUCCCAUUCGACCUGUUCAGCUAUUGUUCAGUAUCAUUCUUAGAAAAGAGUACCAGAUUGUGAAGCUGGAAGAUUGUAUGAAGAUUGGCAACGAGUUGAAUAUGGAUGAGGAUACUGUAGAUUUUACUCUUUGGUAUUUCAACCAGUUAGGAACUAUUAUUUAUCGACCAGAGAUUGGUGGAUGGUUUAAGGAAAAUGUCAUUUGUAGCCCACAAGUCAUCUUCAACAGUAUUAGUACGUUGAUAAUCGAGCCUCUACUGAAGCUUCACAGAUGUGAAGAAUGUUUUGCGGGAAAACAUCAUGACAAUUGGAUACAAAAAGGACAGUUUUUACUUAAAGCAAUUGAAAAAUCCCUACCCUCUUCUGGUGAUGACUCAAAAGUUAUUCCUUUAGAAAAACUUAUCAUAUUUCUGGAACAUGUACAUCUGAUUUCGCCUAUCAAAGCAAAGGAGGUGUCUAUACGCAGUGAAACUUCGGUAGUUCGAUAUUUCAUGCCUGCUAUUCUAGAUUGUGCUACUCAAGAGGAAUUGUUGACUGCACCCGUUCCAAAUAAUGAUACUCCAGUUUCACUGCUCUUGUUCUUCAAGUAUGGUUCAAGUAAAGACGUUGCAGAUUCUGUACCUAUUGGCCUUUUCUGUGCAAUGAUUGCUAAGUUAGUUUCGGAUGGAGAUGAGGAUAUUUUUGGAGCCGAAUGGGAACUUGUGGAUUCACAUGUUAAACGAAACAUUGUUUCCUUUCAUGUUGACGAUUAUAAUCACAUCGUUACAUUGGUCUCCCAUGCUAGUUGCUAUGAGAUACGCGUUACAAGAUCAGGAUUACAGGAUCAGGAUGCACCGAUCGAUCUGCACGAUCUUUGUACUUAUGUCUACACAACAAUAAUGGCUGUGCUGAAAGAUCUGAACCAUUUCGUUUGUCCCACCAUUGGUUUUAUUUGCCCUUGUGGUCAGCACCAAGAUACAAAAUUCCGAGUACUCGACAACAGCUGUGUGAUUGUAGUCCCAAAGAGAGAUUCGCCCUUCUUCCGGUGCUUGAAAGCAAAGAAAAACUUCAGUCUUGUCAAUCAACAGUAUUAUCAUCCCUGGAUAACAAAGAAAACUAACGGCAACAGAGAAGUUGUACUAAAAGUAUUUCCACUUGAUGACCCAGAUGGUUUCUCAUUCUCGUGGUCUGGAAAGGGAUCACUAAAGCAGCUCUUCACUACCACUAACGAGCUGUGUAUCCAAGCAACUGAAUCAGGCGAUUAUUACAAGUGCUGUGUAAGCAAACAAACAACAAAAGGGGAGACAGCCAGUUUCACUGUACACCACUUCAUCACAACAGAUUGCCAUGGAUCAAGAAAGCACCAAAUGUCUAGUACGAUAUCUGAUGUCUCAGAGUCAACUGCUGAUGGACCUUCCAGACCAAAGAAGCAAAAGCUGACUGCUGCUACUGGAACUGAAAAUAAGCUCAGUCCUACUGGGGAGGAAGUCGUAGCAAAACGUGAUGGUCAUAGUCCUAUGAAUCAAUGGAUAUUUUCAAAUUAUGAAAUAGCUCAUGAUCUAUUGUGGCCUGCUAGGAGCGAAUGGUACAACUUGGGAAUUGCUCUGGAAGUAGACCCAAACACACUGAAAAGUAUCCAGAAAACCCACCGAAGUAACUGCGAUGACUGCUUCAAUGAUAUGCUUAAGAGUUGCUCAGAGACAAACCGCAGUCUCACUUGGUCUGGUGUGUGUAAAGCCCUUAAGAAACCAUCAGUGGCUCGUAAUGAUGUGGCAGAAAGUAUUGAAGCAUUUGUACGAAACGAAUAAUACCGCGAUAAACUAAAAGAAACUUUAUAGAGGAACUUUUAUGGUAGAGACAGCUGUUUAAAAUACGGCUCAACACAAGAACUUUAUGCUAGGAUUUUUACGUUAGCUACAUGUACAUGUAGCUAACAUGAUUAUAAUUAAUAAUUUUGUGUAUGGCAUGCAAUGAAUCUCAUUAAAUAUUAAAUGAGGAAGUGGUUUAAUUCUGAGCUAAUAAACCAGCUAAUUCUGUGGGGGCCAAAGUGAGGCGUAGAGUCGAAUGUCUCCUCUCAAUGUCUCUGCUGGUUCUGGCAUUCUGUUUGCUGCUUCAGUGUGGAGAUGUCAAGCCCAAUCCAGGACCAACAAAUCCUGGGUAUAAAGUAAUGCUUUUUUGUGGAGAAGAGAUCUAGAUUGUGGAAGGUCUCUCCAGAAAUCUGAAAGCUAUAGCUCUACCAUUGCUUGCUAAAGACUGGAUGUAUAUGAGGAGACAAUCGAGCUAAACGAAACUAAAGAUAAAAGCGUGAAGACUCCACCUAAAAGUGUUGAAACUAGUGCAGCAAUCUCCAAAAAUAGUGUUAAAAAACCAAUUAGCAUGAUGGAAAUUCGAAGCAUCGAGCAAUGCGUUUGUACAAUGGCAACUACUCCAGGGGCUCUGAAGCUAUAUCGAGAAAAUGUCGUGUCGUCUACAAUGCCAGCAACAACGAGCAAGACUCUAGUCAAGAACUGUAUAGUGUUGAUCGACUGCACUCGCUUCAAACAAUGAUUUGAGGCACAUUAUUGGAUUCCUCUAGGCCGCAAGAAGUCAAAGAAGACAGAGGAAUCGAUUGAAGAUUAUGUGUUAUCUGUUAAGAAGUCCAACCACGUUCAGAAGAAGCUUGCUGCCAGGAAAUCCACCUCCAAGAUUGACCCACACGUAGAGGAGCAGUUCCUCACUGGAAGACUUCUAGCGUGUGUGUCAUCUCGACCAGGGCAGAGUGGCCGGUGUGAUGGGUACAUUCUAGAAGGCAAGGAGCUCGAGUUCUAUCAGAGAAAACUCAAGUCCAAGAAGGGAAAAUAAACUCUAUCAUGAAACUGUUUUCAUUAUGUCAUCUUGUAAUUUUCCUGAUGUUGACAUAUAUAAGUUUAUUCAUGAACGGGU